AUGGACCGCGAAAAGCACAAUGAGGCUACGUGGAUGCCACGAGACUUAACAGUGGGGAAGUCCAUGAUGCCGGUGCAACGCAGUGAAGAAUCGAUACAAAUACCAAAUGCAAGCCUAUUUGGUGGCGACACUGCCAGCUACCUUUUGGGUAAGCUAAGGGGUGAGUCCAUCAUUGUGACACCCCAGGUAAAGAAUGAUGAAAAUGAUAUCAUUAACGACCCUCACGAGGAGGGGUUCAACACGGUGGCUGUGACAGUACUUGAUGACACGAGAAGAACAAGUACAGCAGGUGGAGUCGAUAAGCAUUUAAAGGACCAAGAUAACUGCAAUGAUGAGAGUUGA